AUGGCUGAAAAGGACAUCACCUGCAUCGUAGCUUCGGGUGAUAGAGCAGUAUUCAUGAAGAUUAACACUUCAACCACCAUUCUUGAUCUAAAAUUUGAUGUGUCAGAUAGGUUAGAUCUUCCAUAUGAAUCAUUAAGUUUGUCAUUCAAAGAAGAAACAAAUGGAAGCUUCAAAUUUCCUAUUGAGAACGAGGGGGAUCUGUCGUCUAUGGUGGAGCAUUGCCAUAACAGAGGAUUAAAGGAGGUUCACAUGCAAGCUUUCAAGGAAAAAGAGGAUUCUUCAAAAGUCCACAGCGCCGUUCAAGUUCGAGAUGACAUCGCUACCAGCAGUAUGAACUCAAAAAGCAUAGAGGGUGGCCCGCCGUUGUCGACGCCCACAUGUGUUUCAGAUAGGAUCCCCAAUGAUAAUCCUUCUGGAGAUAAUGUUCCGAUGAUUGAUGACAUGAUUAGCAGAUCAGAGAGGAUUCCUGCUUGGUGGCACACUGCUUUAACCGGUGAGGGCCAACGGUUUGAGAGUGCGAAGGAAUUAAGAUUGGCUUUACUAUACUAUUCCAUGGCCAAAAAAUUCGAGUACUUGUUUGCUAAGAAUGAACCGAAGCGUAUUCGAGUCUUUUGUCGGUUCAAGGAAGCCCAAAAUUGCCCGUGGAUGUUAUUUGCCUCUCCAACACAAAAUGAGAACAGACUUGAAAUCAAAACCUUCGUGGACAACCACACAUGUGGGAAUUUUGGCAAUAAUGCAGGUCAAUCUAGGGCGUCACGACAAUUCAUUGCGACCCAAGUAUUACCCACGUUAAAGGUCCGACCAGAUUUACGACCUAUCGACGUACAAAAGGAGUUACUAACUUCGUAUGGGCUUAGGGUCGAUUAUAGCAAGAUAUGGUAUGUAGAAGAGGUUAAGAAGACAAACCCAGGUAGCUACAUUCAUGUUGAAGAAAAUGAGGGGAGGUUUUCAAAGCUAUUCAUCUGUUAUGCCGCCUGCAUAAAUGGGUUUUUGAACGGUUGUAGACCACUUAUAUUUUUGGAUGGUACCUUUCUGAAAGAUCGUUUCAAAGGUAUACUCCUCAGCGCCGUUGCAUACGAUGGAAAUCAGGGGAUAUUUCCAUUAGCCUAUUGCAUCUGCGAUCAGGAAAAUACUGUAAACUGGAAUUGGUUCUUACAAGAUCCAUACAACCCUCCACACAAACUAGUUAUAAUAUCUGAUGCGGAUAAGGGGAUCAGAGAAGCAGUCAGAGAAUAUUUUCCGGAUGCUAUACACUCUAGAUGUAUUCUGCAUCUAGUUGAGAAUUUCAGGACAAAGUUGCGGGAUUUGGGCUUCAAGGCAAAGGAUACUCGGAUUUUGGGCAACCUUUUGCAAUCUGCUUGUUACAAAUAUACGAAAGCAGAAUGGAAUGACUAUGUGGAGGACAUUAGACUAGCGGACGACGAGCCUACAAUAUUGUCAUGA